AUGGGGGUCUCAUAUGGACCGCAGUCCAUGCAGACCGGAGAUUCAUCUGAAUAUCUCCUCAGCCUUCCUUUCGAAGCAUAUACCGACUCUCCAAUUCAUGAAGAUGAUACCGACAAAGUCGAUGGGGUUCCCCGCGAUCAACAGGGUCCCGAUCAAGUGGGGCCGUCAACAUGGCGCAAGCUGACGAGUUGGAUGUCUUUCCGCAAGAAUCAUCUGCAUUCCCUGCCCUUGUUAUCAGACAACCCGCCCUUCAAGAAAAAGUCGAAGUCACAUCGCUCAUACUGCUGGCGCUUGUGUUUGCGCACUCUGCUCGUCUUCUUCGUAAUGCUCGGUGUCAUUCAAUUCAUCUCCCUAGCUUUUGGCAUUGCUCUAUCGUUCUUCCCAGACGAAUAUGACCGUGCCGCGAGUAUCUGGAAGCAUGGCGGCGCCGAUCACAUCGAGAGUGACGCCUCGCACUGGCCAACCGAUCGCUCGCGCGAGAUCAUUGCUGUCAACUGUCAUUCGCACAAUGACUACUGGCGCAAGAUCCCGCUCUUCUCCGCGCUACAGGCUGGCUGUGUAGGUGUCGAGGCGGACGUCUGGCUCUUCGAUGAAGAGCUAUACGUCGGUCAUACCACGUCUUCUCUAUCCUCGCGCCGAACUCUACGCUCCUUGUACAUUGACCCGCUGGUCGAGAUUCUCAAUCAGAAGAAUCCUGUCACGCCGUUCCGUCGUAUCCUCGACACCCCUGUCCGUGGUGUUUUCGAUGCAGACCCCAAUCAAUCGGUCGUUCUUCUGAUCGACUUCAAAACGGACGGCGCGGCGACGUGGCCUGCCGUUGCUGAGGAACUUGCUCCGCUCCGGGAUCGAGGGUAUCUGACUUACUUCAAUGGGCAUGAGAUUAUCCCGGGGCCCGUCACUGUCGUUGGAACGGGGAAUGCACCUUUCAAUCUUGUCACGGCUAACUCCACCCAUCGAGAUAUCUUCUUCGACGCUCCACUCGAAAAGCUCGUUGACGAGGACAAUCACGUCGAAGAUCCCCUUAAAGAUUCAUCUGCCCCGACUGAAGGCUCAUCACCUGGCUCUGGACAAGGCCACACCGGCAUGCCUGACACGCUCCGCCCGAAUACAUUCAAUUUGACGAAUAGCUACUACGCCUCCGUCUCGUUCAAGAAGGCCGUCGGGUUCCCUUGGCCUUUCCAUUUCACGCAGCGCCAGAUGGACAUUAUUCGGGACCAGGUACGGGUUGCGCAUCGGCAUGGCUUGAAAGUGCGAUACUGGUCGAUUCCGAGCUGGCCGGUCAGUUUGCGGAAUCAUAUUUGGAGAAUCCUUGUCCAGGAGGGCGUGGAUAUUCUCAAUGUGGAUGAUUUGGUUACGGCUACCAGGGGUGACUGGAAGAUUCCGAUCUUCGAUUGGUGGAUUUGA